AUUGCCACGUAAUCAUACCAGUAUAUCCGUGAGCCCCGAAAAUCAGGGUUUCCGCUAUAUCUCUGUUUUUUUCCUUUUUGGCAAUUUUACUUUUUUUUUUUAAUAUAUUACUACUGAAUUAAAUGAAUCCACAUUUUCUACCGGCCUGCGGCGGUUCUUCUUUCUGCAACUUCCUCUAACAGCCGGAGAAGAAGAAGAGGAGGAAAAACAUAACCGAUACAAACGAUAAACAAAUUACAGAAGAAAAUAAAAAUGGAUCCGAAUCUAGAAGGCUCCGACGAGCAGCAGCGCCGCUCCGAGAUCUACACCUACGAAGCCCCAUGGCACAUCUACGCCAUGAACUGGAGCGUGCGCAAGGACAAAAAGUACCGCCUCGCCAUAUCCAGCCUCCUCGAGCAGUACCCUAACCGUGUCGAAAUCGUCCAGCUCGACGAUUCCACCGGAGAGAUCAGAUCCGACCCGCCCCUCUCCUUCGACCACCCGUACCCGCCGACCAAGCUCAUAUUCAUCCCCGAUAAGGAAUGCCAGCGCCCCGAUUUACUCGCCUCCUCCUCCGAUUUCAUCCGCCUCUGGCAAAUCUCCGAUUCCGAUAACGGGCGGCGCGUGGAGCUCAAAAGCUUGCUGAACAACAACCGGAACAGCGAGUUCUCCGGACCGUUGACUUCCUUUGACUGGAACGAAGCCGAGCCGAGAAGGAUCGGAACCUCCAGCAUCGACACUACUUGCACGAUUUGGGAUAUCGAGAAAGAGGUGGUGGACACGCAGCUGAUUGCGCACGAUAAGGAGGUCUACGACAUAGCCUGGGGCGGCGUUGGGGUUUUCGCCUCCGUCUCCGCCGAUGGUUCGGUUAGGGUUUUCGAUCUACGAGAUAAGGAGCAUUCCACUAUUAUAUACGAGAGCUCCGAGCCGGACACUCCAUUAGUAAGGCUCGGCUGGAACAAGCAGGACCCGAGAUACAUGGCCACCAUCAUCAUGGACACCAGCAAGGUGGUGGUGCUCGACAUUCGUUUUCCGACGCUGCCCGUGGUGGAGCUGCAGCGGCACCAGGCGAGCGUGAACGCGAUUGCGUGGGCCCCACACAGCUCCUGCCACAUUUGUACGGCUGGAGAUGAUUCUCAGGCUUUGAUUUGGGAUCUUUCGACCAUGGGUCAGCCCGUGGAGGGCGGAUUGGAUCCGAUUCUGGCGUACACAGCUGGGGCGGAGAUCGAGCAGCUGCAGUGGUCUUCGUCUCAGCCUGAUUGGGUUGCGAUUGCUUUUUCGAACAAGCUGCAGAUUCUGAGGGUAUGAGAUUAGACGAUUCUGUUAAUUUUAGUUGUAAUUUUGCUGACGGAUCCGUAGAUUGAUUGACCGUAGUUGUUGAACGAGAAUUUCAUUUUAUACAAAAAACUCGGGGGCAUUGUUCGGUUAUGUUUAGUAAUGUUUGAGCCAGUUUGCUGCUGUGUUAAAUCCGUUGUUUCUCGUUUCCGACAAAUGAUUCUAAUGUUCUUGAUCCUGGCUUGUUUUGCCAUUGCCAAGAUAAACUUGUGCUUCUCUAGCCUCAAUUUUAUAAAACAUUAAACAGCUUUUGAUGAUUGAAUUGUUCCACUGUCGGUCGGUCGAUCGAUUUUC